CAUAACUUUGACAUUUGACAGCAUGGCGGCUGCUACAGUGGAUUCCGAAAUCACAAAGAUAGAUAAAUAUUCCAUUUUACUUCCUACGUAUAACGAAAGAGAGAAUUUGCCUAUCAUAAUAUGGCUUAUUAUGAAGUAUUUAGAUAACAGUGGCUACGAUUAUGAAGUGAUAAUAAUUGAUGACGGAAGCCCCGACGGUACUCUAGAAGUUGCUAAACAAUUACAGAAACUGUACGGUACGACCAAAAUAGUUUUAAGGCCGAGGGAAAAGAAGCUGGGAUUGGGCACAGCAUAUAUACACGGUAUACAACAUGCGACUGGAAACUUUAUUGUUAUUAUGGACGCUGAUUUAAGUCACCAUCCUAAGUUUAUACCAAAAUUUAUUGAAUUGCAAAGAAAACAUGAUUUUGACCUGAUAUCUGGUACUAGAUAUAAAGGAGGAGGUGGUGUCCAUGGAUGGGAUUUCAAAAGGAAGCUGAUAUCGAGGGGUGCUAAUUUCAUCACACAGUUACUGCUUAGGCCUGGAGCUUCAGAUUUGACUGGUUCAUUCAGGUUGUACAAGAAGGAUGUGCUAAUGAAAUUGAUAGACAGCUGUGUAUCUAAGGGCUACGUUUUCCAAAUGGAAAUGAUUAUAAGAGCGAGACAAUUGGAUUAUUCAAUAGGUGAAGUGCCAAUUACAUUUGUGGACAGAGUGUAUGGAGAAUCCAAGUUAGGGGGAUCAGAGAUUGUACAAUUUGCUAAAGCUUUGCUAUACCUUUUCGCGACAACAUAAUAUGUUUUUAUUGUAAUAAUCAUUCCAUUUAUUUAAUAAAAUUAUCUAUUUCAAAUA